AUGUCUUCAGCUGGAUCAUUUCGGAUUGAUACACCUAACGGUAAUGGUUAUGGAGCAGUAUCAAGUCAGCUAGGGAUUAAAAAUACAACAUUCAAAACUGAGCCCAAUGUUUAUUUUAGUGGUAAUGUAAUAGCAAAUGAGAGCGCUGAUGACAAUAUCAAUGCUAUUAAUAUGAGUUAUCAACAGCAAUUUAACAGGAAUAAUUAUCUUAUACGGCCUUUAGCCACAUCUGCUUACAAUAAUGGUUUUUUUUUUAAAACCACACCUCAAAAUAUGGCUACUAUCAACUCGGAUACUACCGCUUAUAAUGGUAAUUAUGCAACUCCUAUUACCACAGACAGCCCUAUUAUUGGGCUUAAAAAUAAUUAUGUUGCUAAACCUAUAUCGAAAUUGAUUAAAACAAAAAAGUCACCGCGGAAAAGACUUGUUUGGAAAUUAAACCAAGAUUUGAUAUUAUUGAAGUUGGUUAUAGAAAAUAAAGAUUUGUUAAAUAAUCCAAAAUAUAAUAAACACAGAAAAUCAUUUUGGGAUUACAUCGCUGAUUUGUUAAUUAGCAACCAUAAUAUUAAUAGAAAUACAAGACAAUGUAGAGAACGAUUUAAAUUAUUAUUUACUAAAAGUAUUAAAAAUAUUCAUAAUAAUAUAAAACCAAAGGAUGUACUGGAUGAGGUAUGUCUUUCGUUGCAUACAUAUUUUCGAAUGAAUUCAGAUAACAACAUUUUUUUGUUAAAACAUGAACAUGUCCAGGACGGGCAGGACGAUAACAUAAUUAUAAAUAAGGCAAAUUGUCAGCUACCGGAUAAUGGUGAUGUUGGUUGUGAUGGGGCUAUUCCAUUGGAAUCUUUGGAUUCAGUUGUCCAGCAAAAGAAUUUUUUUGAAAAGAAGAUUUCUUCAUUGAAAACCGAAAUUAAACAUUUGAAUGGAAUAGUAAAUGAGUUAAAAGAAUUAGUCAACGAUCAACAAAAAACAAUUAGCAUGUUAAUAACUAAUAAUCGUCAAAUUCUUGGUGUUGAUUAUCCAACUAACAAUAAUAAUAAUGAUAAUAAUAAUGAUAAUAAUAAUAAUAAUAAUAAUGAUAAUAAUAAUGAUAAUGAUAAUGAUAAUGAUAGUGCCAAUGAUGAUGAUGAGGACGAUGGGGAAGAAGAUAAUGAUGAUAAUACUAAUAAUAAUAGUAGUAAUAGUAAUAGCAUUAGUAAUAGUAGUAGUACUAGUAGUAGUAACACUAGGAAUAAUAGUACUGGUAAUUAUUAUGGUGAUAAUUGCAACAAUAACAAUAAGCUUACCUACACUAAGGCUGCUGACGUUAUUAAUAAUGUUAACUAUAAUAAAUACAAUAAUUAUAUUAAUAAUAUGAACUUUAAAGAAAAUUUUCUAGCACAACCUGAACAGUAUGAUAAAAAUUUAUAUAGAGGUUAUAUAUGCUAUCCUCCUUUCACUCCAGGUUACAAAGCUGCAAAUGUUAACAUGAAUAUACUAAACAAUAUCAAUCAUAAUCAGGGACAAUAUAAUAAUAUUAAAAGUUAUGGCGUACUUGCUUGUCCAGUUAACUCAAAUGAUGUGAAUCUGCAUAAUACUGCUGUCAAUAAUAAUAAUAAUAAUAAUAAUAAUAUCACGAGUAAUAAUAAUAAUAUGUACCCCACUUCUUUUUUGUCAUCACCGAAUAACAAUGGAAAUAUUUCCAACGUAAAUCAAAAUAUCAAAUUAAAUGGCAAUAAUGCUAACUUCGGUACGCAACAAGGACCAAAAGACUUACUUUAUGAACAUUUUUAUAGAAGAGGUCCCUAA